CUGCCUUUUCUUAUCGCAGCUGUACGACAGACUACUCCAGGUCGGCAUUAAGAGUGGCUUGAUGACAUUUUCGUGUAGUCGUAUCUUACUAGUUUCUCUAUGUCUCUUCUCUCGUUUUUUCCUCAAGCUAGUAGAGGAAACGUAAAUGGUCUCUUUCAGCUUAGGUACUCGGUACGGAUUCUCAUCUGUCGUUUCCCCUCUCCUUUGCCCGCCUUUUCACCCUCCUAGUCCGUCGUAACCACUUCUUUGCCCGCCGUCUCCCCCCUCCUUGCAUGUCGUUUUACCUCUCUCUCUUUCUCUCUCUCUCUCUCUCUCUCUCUCUCUCUCUCUCUCUCUCUCUCUCUCUCUCUCUCUCUCUCUCUCUCUCUCUCUCUCUCUCUCUCCCUCUCUGCCUCUCUCUACCUCUCUUUCAACUUCUCUCUCUUCGUCUCUUUCCUUUCACCAUCACAUUUUGUGUUAACUUCCCAUGCCCAUUCGUUCUCGCCCUAGCUGCUUGUUGUUCACUCCUUUCAUAC